UCAACAAGACGACAACCCUAUCAGCUACCUCUCGUAGAUUUGUUAAUUUUUGUUGGGAGUAUUAAAAUUACUCUGGAUAUGCGCAAAAAUUAAUUGAAAUGCAACGUGACAGGAACUCAUCCGGCUCUUACGCCCGCAAGGGCAACCGUCCACCAGGAUUAAGGGGCAAGGAGAUAGGCAUGUACUACCGCAAUCUCUCCCGGCAGCGAAGAGUACGCGACGCGGAUGGGGACCCAAAUAAGCCAGAAAUUCGCUUGGGCUGUAAUGUCAGCGUACCCGGCGGCGUUCUCUCCCGCGUCAAGGAACUCAUGGAGAACUACAACCGAACACCGGCCAAGGAAAACUCCGAUGUGGAUGCGCAGUUCAAGCAACAAUUUCGUCAUCUUUUAAGUGUAAAUUUUGAGGAGUUUGUGGCAGAGACCAAGGAGAAAAAUGCGGGAGUGGACUACUCCAAUCCCAAGCUGGAUGAGAAACUACAGCAGGAGCUGGAAAACCGCCAGCAGGAGGAGAAUGGCAGAAAACGGAACGCUGCGCGCCAAAAGCUACCCACCAUGAAAUACGCCGAGGAGAUUGUCCAAGCGGUGCGUGACAACCAAGUAAUUCUGAUUGUUGGCAGCACCGGUUGUGGCAAAACCACACAAGUACCUCAAAUCCUUCUGGACGAUGCCAUUUCCCGUGGCUGUGGAUCGUCUUGUCGCAUUGUUUGCACCCAACCGCGAAGGAUUUCGGCCAUAACCAUUGCCGAGUGGGUUAGUUACGAGCGAUGCGAGAGUUUGGGCAACUCGGUGGGCUAUCAGAUUCGCCUGGAGAGCAGGAAGCCGCGGGAUAGAGCCUCCAUCACAUAUUGUACCACUGGAGUUCUGCUGCAGCACCUCCAAUCGGAUCCCCUUAUGCACAAUCUGAGUGUCUUGAUCCUGGAUGAAAUACACGAACGCAGCGUGGAAACCGAUCUGUUAAUGGGUCUUCUGAAGGUUAUCCUGCCUCACCGACCCGAACUGAAGGUGAUCCUUAUGAGCGCCACUGUGCGUGAGCAGGAUUUCUGCGACUACUUCAACAAUUGUCCCAUGUUUCGCAUCGAAGGCGUAAUGUUUCCGGUGACGAUGCUUUACCUGGAGGAUAUUCUGGCCAAGACGAACUAUGAGUUCCAAAAGUCCCGCGAUCGCCGUCCGAAGCGGGAUCGCCCUGAACGUCGGAUGAAGCAUGAGGCGAUGAUAGAACCAUAUCUACGGCGCAUCAGAAACUCCUACGACAGUCGUGUGCUGGAUAAGCUGCGUCUGCCGGAGUCCGAGGGAUGCGAGGACAUCGAUUUUAUAGCCGAUCUAGUGUAUUAUAUCUGUGAAAAUGAACCAGACGGUGCCAUUUUGGUCUUUCUACCGGGCUAUGAUAAAAUAUCGCAGCUCUACAACCUUCUGGAUAAACCACAAACUCCAAAAGGUCAAAGAUGGCGGAAUCAAUUGACAGUUUUUCCAUUACAUUCCCUGAUGCAGUCGGCGGAGCAACAGGCAGUCUUCCGACGUCCCCCCUCUGGCCAACGGAAGGUCAUUAUAUCCACUAUAAUCGCAGAGACCUCAGUGACCAUCGAAGAUGUGGUAUAUGUGAUUAAUUCUGGCCGCACUAAGGCCACCAGUUAUGACAUUGAAACAAAUAUACAGUCCUUGGAGGAGGUCUGGGUGACCAAGGCAAACACGCAGCAGCGGAAGGGCAGAGCCGGUCGAGUCAGGCCGGGAAUUUGCUAUAAUCUUUUUACUCGCGCCAGGGAAGAUCUAAUGGCCGAAAUUCCUACUCCAGAGAUACUGCGCUCCAAACUGGAAUCUAUUAUUUUAAGCCUGAAGCUGCUGCACAUCGACAAUCCGUAUCGCUUUCUGCAAACCUUAAUUAAUGCACCCAAUCCCGAUGCAAUAAAGCUUGGAGUGGACCUUCUAAUGCGCAUUGAAGCUCUAGACAAAACUGGCACCCUCACUCCAUUGGGCAUGCACUUGGCAAAGCUGCCCAUCGAUCCGCAAAUGGGCAAAAUGAUCUUAAUGUCCGCUCUCUUCUGUUGCCUGGAUCCCAUUACUUCGGCGGCGGCAGCGUUGUCAUUCAAGUCACCAUUUUAUGUGCCAUUAGGACAGGAGACUCGGGUGGACGAGAUUAAGCGGAGGAUGGCCCGCAAUAUGCGCAGUGACCACUUGUUGGUGCACAACACGAUUAAUGCUUACCGGGAUGCUCGCCAUGCGCAUGCGGAACGUGACUUCUGCUACGAGCAUUUCCUGAGCUCCAUGACACUGCAGCAACUGGAAAGGAUGAAGAACCAGUUCAGUGAACUGCUAUUCAACUACAAGUUCCUAUCUUCUUCAAACUGCAAGGAUUCUAGCUCAAAUAUGAAUUCAGAAAAGAUUCCCCUGCUGAGAGCUAUAAUUGGAGCGGGUCUUUAUCCCAACAUGGCUCAUUUAAGAAAAUCGCGACAGAUCAAAAACCGAGUGCGUGCCAUUCACACGAUGGCAACAGAUGAUGGUCGCCGGUGUAACUUCCAUCCCUCCUCCGUGAACUGCGGCCAAAGUGGCUUUGAUUCGGCAUACUUUGUGUACUUUCAAAGGCAGAAGUCCUCUGAUCUCUUUCUGCUUGACUCCACAAUGGUAUUCCCCAUGGCCCUGAUUAUUUUUGGCGAUGGCGUAGAAGCGGGAGUUACUCAAAACCAGACGUAUUUAAGCGUGGCUAAGACUUAUUACUUUAAAUGCGGUCCAGAGACCGCCGAUGUUGUCCUAGAGCUACGCAGCAAUCUCGAGAAAUUGCUGCUUAAAAAGGCUCUAUAUCCAGCGCCCAUUGAAGAGGAUGGCUAUGAGAAGCAAUUAAUCAAAGCCAUUGAGUUGCUUCUUUCGCUGGACGAAAGUCUGGGCGAGGAUUAUAUUUCCUCUGACGACAUCGACAACAUUUAAAGCUGCCUCAUGAGCUUUAUUAUUAUUUAUUAUUUAGCUCACAAAAGAUAAUUCUUUUAGCAAAACAUUGUAUAUGUUAAUAAUAAAUUAUAAGUGCAAGCUAGUGAUGCAAUAACAACA